AUGAAGUGGAACAAUGUCGCCUGGGUACCUAGGGGAAAGCACUGUUAGCAAGCAGCGCGUUCCUACGCUUGUCCUUCCGGCGCUGGCAAUAUGCUUUCUCGUCUGCAGACUCAUAUCCAGGAGACUGAAGCGUCUGUCUCUUGGGAUAGAUGACUACACUUUGAUUGUUGGACAGAUCUUUGUUAUAUCCAUUGCAGGAAUCAAUUAUGCUGCAACAUACUACGGAAUGGGCCGGCAUAUGGCAGCCGUCAUGCAAGAGGGAUUCAACAUGGUCAUUUACAUGAAGCUCCUCUACGCCUUCGAACCCCUCUACAUCACCGCCGUCGCCAUCAUAAAAUUCUCCGUCCUCCUCAUGUACAACCGCAUCUUCCCCGUCCGCAGCAUCCUCGUCGGCAGCUACAUCCUCGGCGGUAUAACCCUCGCCUGGUUAAUCUCCGUCGACCUCGUCGCUAUAUUCCAAUGUACACCGAUAAAGAAGGCCUGGCUGCCACAAACCCCGGGGACAUGCAUUGACCUGAAGGUGGCGUUAAUCGCAAACGGAAUCCCGAACUUCGUUACGGAUAUCCUCAUCCUUACACUUCCCGGCCGGUCCAUCUGGAAAUUACAAGCGAGUGUCUGGCAGAGGGUUUCCAUCAUAGGCGUGUUUCUGAGCGGGAGUUUGUACGAUUCCCACGCCGUUAUUUUGAACUUGGCUAGCGGUGGCAGUGUGGUCUUUGCAAGUAUCUACCGCUUCAGUCUGAUCUUCCAAGUUGACAUGGACGAUAUCCCAUGGACAAUCGCAGACGCACAAACCUGGUGCGUCGUCGAAACAUCUGCCGGGAUAAUCUCCGCCUGUCUUCCAACCGUCGUGCCGCUUAUAAAACUCCUCGCGAAAGGCGUAGUCACGACAGCGACAACGGGGCUUUCAAACACAAAUUCUCGCUCGAGGUCGAAAUCGAAUACACGCUCGAACCUGGUCAGAGGUGCGAAUGCCGAUGUGAAUGAUUCAGGGAAUGGGCACCAGCUUGCCCGCUUAGAGUCGAGGGGUGGGCUAGUUCGUGGUGUGGGCGAUAACUACAAUGUGCAGGUGGAGAGUGGAACUGGGAAUAGAAGCCGGGGGAGCUUGCAUAACGAACAUGGGAUUAGGAAGACGCAUGGGUGGACUGUUAUUGAAGCCAGUGGGGAUAGCGAUUAACUGUGCUGCUUU